AUGGGUCUUUUAGCGUUAGGGACGGCCUUGGAUUGGCCAGAUGCAAAAAAGGCAGCGAACCAGGUCCGGGAAUGGGGUAUCGAGCAAUUACUCGCAAUAUGGCGUAAGGCCAAGGGUAAAGAGCGUGAUGCCCUCCUUUGGGGUGACGAGGUCGAGUACCUCGUUGUCGCAAUUGAUCGAGAACAGCAAAAGGUGCGGUUGUCGUUGUGCCAGGCGGAUGUCCUCAAAGCUUUGGCGAGAGACGAGGCACUGUCGAAGAGAGAUGCCGUGGUCCCUGAUUUACAAGAUGGUGUCGUUCGAAGUGGUGCCCUUCCAACUUUCCAUCCCGAAUUCGGCCGCUUUAUGCUCGAAGCUACCCCUGGGAAGCCAUGGGGGAUCGGUUUCAAAGAUUUACUCGACGUCGAGUCCGACAUGAGGCUUCGGCGCCUCCUCGCCAAAAACCACAUGGAACCUGACCAAUUCCCAAUCACAUUGACAACGUUUCCUCGCCUCGGCCUGCCCGACUCUAUCAUGCCCAAUUACCCUCCUUCCGGCCCAGCCUUGCGAUCGCAGUUCGUGCCAGACGAGAUCGCUAAUCCCCACAUUCGGUUCCCAACACUGGCUGCCAAUAUCCGGUCACGACGGGGCCGAAAAGUGGAAAUCAAUGUGCCCGUUUUCAAGGAUAAAAACACCCCGUCUCCAUUCAGCGAUCCCACAGUCAAUUACGACCUGCAUAAAUGGCCUGAGGACGACGACGUCCGCAAAGGCGCCGUGAAGCCUGACUGUGUCUACAUGGAUGCCAUGGCUUUUGGGAUGGGUAGCUGCUGCUUACAGAUUACUUUUCAAGCGAAGAAUAUCCGUGAGGGUCGAACUCUGUACGACCAACUCUCUCCCCUAGGUCCAAUCAUGCUGGCGCUCACGGCGGCAACGCCGAUAUACAAAGGUUUCCUGGUCGACACGGACGUUCGAUGGAACCAAAUUUCCCGAUCUGUCGACGACCGCACGGCGGAGGAACUUGGCGAGGUGCCCCUGAAAAACGAUCGGUGGCGAAUACCCAAAUCCCGUUAUGCGAGCAAUAGCACGUACAUCGCGCAAGACCCCCGCCUACGGCCCGAAUACAUGGACCCUCACCUCAUCGUUAACGAAGAACUUAAACAGAAGUUGCUGGACGGAGGCAUGGACGACCUGCUCGCUACGCAUUUCGCGCACCUCUUCAUACGCGACCCCAUCGUCAUUUUCUCCGAAGACCUGAAGGCCCUCGACCCGGAAGGCUCGAACCAUUUCGAAAACAUUCAGAGCACGAACUGGCAGCACAUGCGGUUCAAGCCGCCGCCGCCGGACGCGGACAUCGGCUGGCGCGUCGAGUUCCGGAGCAUGGAGAUCCAGAUCACCGACUUUGAGAACGCGGCCUUCGCCAUCUUCAUCGUCCUCGUCACCCGGGCCAUUUUGAGCUUCGACCUCAACCUAUACAUCCCGAUCCCGCGGACGACGGAGAAUAUGGAGACGGCGCACGUCCGGGACGCGGUCAUGAAGGAAAAGUUCUGGUUCAGAAAGGAUCCGUUCCCCACGAGGAGUCCAAAACAAUCGCCACGGUUGAACGGGGUCAGUGAGCCAUCGUCAAGUGGGGAAUCCACACCACCACCGGAGCAGGAGCAGCCGACCCUGAACGAGUCAGGCCAUGCGGCAGCAUCAGCAGGGUCUCUCGAAUCAACAUUCGGCCCGGUCGAGGAGGAAUACACCCUGAUGACGAUCAACGAGGUGAUCAACGGUGGCGGCUCGUGCGACAGCUUCCCCGGUCUGAUCCCGCUGGUGGAGUCGUACCUCGACAGCGUGAACAUCGACAUCGACACGCGCUGCCACCUGGCCGUCUACCUGGACCUGAUCCGCAAGCGGGCCAACGGCACGCUGUGGACGGCCGCGAAAUGGAUCCGCGAGUUCGUCCGCCGACACCCGGAGUACCAGGGCGACAGCGCCGUCGGCGAGAAGAUCGUCUAUGAUCUCUUCGCCGCGGUGCGCGACGUCGAGGAGACCCAGGAGAUGGGCAACGCCCGCAAGAAGGGGAGGGACAAGUUUGCCACCGGCUGGGAGAUGCUCUCUGCCAAAGAGAGGGCGAGGGGAGUGGACGAGUGA